AUGUCUGCUAUACCUGUUUCUGCCCAGCUGAGCCCGGAGCAAGUCGCUGCUCCCGUGAGCGGCGCUUCACUCAAGGGCAAGAGUGCUUUAAUAACAGGCGGAGCAUCAGGGCUUGGUGCUGCCGUCGCGCUCGCGUAUGCCGAGAAAGGUGCCUAUGUUACGAUAGCUGAUAUCAACGAAAAGCUCGGUAACGAAUACACGAAAUCGCUCCAAGAGAAAGGCCUGCACGUCCAAUUCAUCGCCGCAGACGUAACAUCCUGGGAGUCCCAAAUCGCCGCUUUCAAAGCGACUGUCAAGUUCUCCCCAACCCACGAUGCGAUCGACAUCGUCGUCGCUUCCGCCGGCGUGGCCGGAGACCUGUGGUCUGACCCCAAAGAACCUCCAUUCACGCUGGAGACGAAUCCUCCAGCUCCAAACAUCAGUGCGUUCAAGAUCAACAGCAUUGGCCUGUACUACACGGCCAAGCUGUUCGAGCUGUACUCCAAGCUGCCGCGUUCGGUGCCUGCCGCAGAUCCGCCGGUUCUCAUCCUGGUCGCGUCGCUGGUCGCGUAUCUCGAUUUCCCGCUGAUGAGCAGCUACACCUCGUCCAAGUACGCUGCGCGUGGGCUCUUCCGCGUCAUCCGUCCGCUUCUUUCGGCCAAGGGCAUCCGAGUCAAUCUCAUUGCGCCUUGGAUUAUCGAGACGCCUCUCGUGACGGAUUUGGUGAAGCUGUUCGCGGCAAUUGGCGCGCCGCCGGGAGAAGUGAAGCAGGUUGUUGAGGCUGCUAUGUUGUUUGCUGACGAUAAGACUAUCAACGGCCGAGCCAUUGCCACCGGUCCCAAGAGGAAUCUGGAUCUCGGUGAUGAUGUUGCAGGAGGAGAUGGAGGCAAGGUCAUGGCCGGGUUUUUCGAAACGGAGUUGCCUAACUGGCCUACGCACUCCGCUGGAAUCGCGAAGUUGUUGGGUUUCUAA